AUGUCUGUCGAAACCUUCCCUCCCAUCUCCGUUGGUCUCAUGGGUACCGGUGAAUACACCACCGGUAUCACACCUUCCGGUCAAUCCAAGUCGGACAAGAAGAUCGGUGUUGUCGGAGUCACCAUGUUCGAUCUCAGACGACGAGGAAAGGUCUCUGACAUCGUCAUGGCUGGUACCAACGGUGGAAAGUUCCCUGAGAUCAAACAACACUUCCAAAAGAACAUAGGGGAUGUCUACAAAGGACUUGACCUAAGCUUCAAAGGAUUCCCAGAAGGCAACCUUAGAAAUGCUGAAGCUUACAAGGAAGCCCUUCGAGCUCUUCCAAAAGGAUCAGCAGUCAUCAUUUUCACUCCUGACAGCACUCACUUCCCCAUUGCUUCUGAAGCUUUGAACCUCGGACACCACGUUUUGGUCACCAAGCCCGCUACUCAGAAAUUGGAAGACCACCAGAAAUUGAUCGAGUUGGCCGAAGAGAAGGGUUUGGUAUGUUUCGUUGAGCACCACAAGCGAUUCGAUCCUGCAUACAACGAUGCUCGAGCUCGAGCUCAAAAGCUCGGUGACUUCAACUUCUACUCUUCUUACAUGUCGCAACCCAAGAUGCAGUUGGAGACCUUCAAGUCAUGGGCUGGUAUCGACUCUGAUAUCUCAUACUACCUCAACUCCCACCACAUCGAUAUCCACUGCUGGAUGGUCGAAGGCCGAUACAAGCCUGUCAAAGUCACCGCUUCGGCCACCACUGGCAUUGCCACUUCAAUGGGAUGUGACCCCAAAACCGAAGAUACCAUCACUCUUCUCGUAGACUGGGAAAACGUAGAGACCCCAAGCCAACGAGGUACUGCCGUUUACACUGCGUCAUGGGCCGCUCCAUUGAAAGCCGGUGUGCACUCUGAGCAACGAUUCCACUACAUGGCUGCCAAGGGUGAAGUUCGUGUUGACCAAGCACACAGAGGAUACAGCAUUGUAGAAGAUGAUAUUGGUAAACUCGACUACAACCCCUUCUACGUCAAAUACAGUCCCGAUGAGAACGGUUACUUUGACGGUCAAAAGGGAUACGGAUACGUAUCUUUGGAGAAAUUCAUUGAUGCCGCUCAACGGGUGACUGCCGGUAAAGCCAAGGCUUCCGACUUCGAUGGAAAAGGUCUUCCAACGAUUAAAGCUACCAUUCUCACUACUGCUAUCAUUCACGCUGGGCGAGUCUCCCUUGACGAGAAGCGAAGUGUCGCAUUGGUUGAGGAAGGUGGUAAACUCAAAUUGGUAUAG